CAGUUUAUUGAUUAAAUGUUGAGUCAGGUCAACGUCCCAAAGACGAGGCGCACUUUCUGUGCCAGUAAAAAGUGCAAAAAGCAUACCUUGCACAAGGUAUCCCAGUACAAAAAGGGCCGAGAUUCUCUCUAUGUCCAAGGUAAACGACGUUACGAUCGUAAGCAAAGUGGUUAUGGUGGACAGACAAAACCCAUUUUCCACAAAAAGGCCAAAACCACAAAGAAGAUUGUUUUAAAGAUGGAGUGCUCUCAAUGCAAAUACAGAAAGCAGUUAGCCAUCAAACGCUGCAAGCACUUUGAACUGGGUGGUGACAAGAAGAGAAAGGGCCAGAUGAUCAUGUUCUAAAGUGGAAUCAACCUGCGCUCUAUCGAUUUAAUUGUCAAUUUGUCAAAGAGAAUAAAUAUCAGUCUCUUAAAAAA